AUCUGGCGCGGAUUCGCUGGCUGCACUCCGUAGUGGGCUUGCGCAGUGGAUCGUGGGGGAUGCAGCUGAUCGGCUGGUGGCGCCAACCGCUGCAGCCAUGUCAGCGAGUAUCGGUGUGGACUUCACAGUGCAGGUUGGGCUGCUCCCACAGUUUCACCAGCCCAUGUUCGUGCUUCUCCUUUUCGGCUCCGACAUAG